GUCAUGCGGCGGGAAGUAAGUGCUCAUUUGCAUCCGCUCGCGCCUAGGUAAAAAGUUUACAUAUAACAAUGCACGGAGGACUCGGGGGUGACGGGUGUCCGCCGCAGAAAACAACAGUGACACCUGCCCGGUCAUUUGACGGUGUCGACAGCGAGAGCCCCAAAGAGCAGGCACCGAAGCUCUGCGGUUUUCUUAAUAAGCUGGCCGGGAAGGGGCCGCUGCGGGGCUUCAAGACGCGCUGGUUCGUUUACGACCCCCGAAAGUGCUAUCUCUACUAUUUCAAGACUCCCCAAGAUGCGCUGCCCCUGGGUCACAUUGAAAUCGCCGAUGCUUACUUUAAUUAUGAAGUGGAAGCUGAUGAGGGUCAGUUUGAGAUUCACACUGCAGGCAAGGACUUCGUGCUGAAGGCUUCAAACAGGCAGGCAAUGACAUAUUGGCUCCAGCAACUCCAGCAAAAGAGAUGGGAAUUUUGUAACUCUAGAGGUACUAGCUCCAGGGACAGCUGGGCAUCCCCAACACUCCCAGAUUUUCCCAAAGGCCUGGUCGCCAAAGAUACAGAUGCUUUUAUUUUUGAAAAGCCCAGCGAAUCUACAGAAAGUGUCCGCAAUGAGUUUGCUGUUGAAUUUGCCUCAGAAGGUCUCGUUGGCAUCUGUUCAUCCAGAAACCCAUCAGUACAACCUCCUACAAUCAACUUCUCAUUGAAACAUUUGGGCACCGAAAUAAGGAAUUCCAUGACUCAUCGAAGGCAAGGGAAAGGGAACAGUGAGAACAGAAGAAGUGUUUUUUAUACAGCCAAUGAGGAAUGGGAAAUGAUCGAUGCCCCUACAAAAGACCUACAGGAGCAACUUGUUGCACAUGAAUUGACAAAGAAACCUCACCCUGACACUCACAGAUUUUCUUCUGGUUCAGCAUUCACAUUUGAUUUUGGGCGAUAUUCAAGGGUGAAACGACCAUUUCUUCGGGAUAUGGUUGGACACAAUAAAAAUCGCCAUAGCUGUGAGUCUUCAUCAUCUGAAUGGGUUUCAAGCAAUGGUGGCAAACCAUCAGAAGCUCAGCAUAAACUCCAGAGCCAGCAGGAGGAGAUAAAAAAGCUGAAGGAGGAGCUUGUUAAUCAAAAGGAACUUAUACGACUGCUUCAGCAGACUUUAAAGAGCUCUCAGUAUGAAGUGCGCAACUUUAAUGCAAACACAGAAAGCAGCAAUGCCAACACAGAGCUGUUACAAGAAAGAAGCAUGCAAAUCCAAGCGCUGAGUGCUCAUAUGGAGAAGCUUGGUAAGGAGAAAGAAAACCUGCUGCAAGAAGUAAAGUCACUGAAGAACAAAGUAGGAGAUCUUAAUGACCAGUUGGGCAUGCUGAUGGAGACAAUCCAAGCUAAGGAUGAGGUGAUUAUGAAGCUGUCCCAGCAGAGUUGCAGCCACUGUGAUGAUAACUCUUAUUCCCAGCGAGUGCAAAGUGACUUGAUUGGGAACAAAGACUUGCAAGAGUUGGACAAACUAAAGGAUAGUUUGCAAGGCUACAAAUCACAAAAUACAUUUCUGAACAAAGAGAUUCUGGAAUUGACAGUCCUUCGGAGAAAUGCAGAAAUGCGUGGAAAGACAUUAGAAGAAAAGUAUGCAGCACUUGAAGCAAAGCUGUGCCAGGUUGAGAGCAAAUACUUGGUCCUGUUGCAGGAAGUGAACAACCCUGUGUGUUCAGGAGAACAGGGGCCCACACGUGAGGUCAUCUCAAGGCUACUGGAAGAUGCCCUUCAAGUUGAAACACCAGAACAACCUGAACACACCAUCCAUAAACCACAUCCUGUCAGUGAAUAUGAUAUUUAUGGCUUUAAGACUGUUCCAGAAGACGAUGAGGAGGAGAAGCUAGUAGCAAAAGUAAGGGCUCUGGAACUCAAGUCCUUGUCACUUACAGACCAGGAAGCCUCAAUACGAGUUAAAUGGGAUAAUUAUUUAGCCAGCACAAUGAACCGUGAGAUGCUACGCUCACCAGAGCUCAAAAACCUAAUCCGCAAUGGCAUUCCACAUGACCAUCGCUCCAAAGUAUGGAAAUGGUGCAUUUCAUUCCAUGUAAAGAAGUUCCGAGACACCGUUCCUGUAGACUAUUUCAACGUUUUGCUGGAAAAUGCACGUAAGAAACAGAAUCCUGCUUCAAAACAGAUCGAACUGGACCUUUUACGGACAUUGCCAAACAAUAAACACUAUGCAUCUCCAACUUCUGAAGGUAUUCAGAAGCUAAGAAAUGUGCUUUUGGCAUUUUCAUGGAGAAAUCCUGACAUCGGUUACUGCCAAGGCCUUAACAGGUUAGCUGCCAUUGCACUACUAUAUCUGGAGCAAGAAGAGGCAUUCUGGUGUCUGGUUGCUAUUGUGGAGGUCUUUAUGCCACGUGACUAUUAUACCAAGACACUGUUGGGGUCACAGGUUGACCAGCGAGUUUUUAAGGAUCUUUUAGGAGAGAAACUUCCCCGAUUGCAUGCUCAUUUCGAGACUUACAGAGUGGACUUCUCCCUCAUCACCUUCAACUGGUUUCUCGUAGUGUUUGUGGACAGCGUUGUCAGUGACAUUCUCUUCAAGAUCUGGGACUCCUUCCUUUACGAGGGACCAAAGAUCAUCUUUCGGUUUGCCUUGGCACUCUUCAAAUAUAAGGAGGAAGACAUCCUGAAGCUGCAAGACUCAAUGGCCAUUUUCAAGUAUCUGCGUUAUUUCACAUGCACCAUCUUGGAUGCCAGAAAACUGAACACAAUCGCUUUUGUGGACAUGAAUCCCUUCCCUUUGCGACAAAUUCAGAACCGCAGAAGCUUUCAUCUGGAGAAGGUGCGCCUUGAGUUGACGGAGCUAGAGGCUAUUCGACAAAAAUUCUUACAGGAGCGUGACACUUCCCAAGAUGAGCGAGACCUAUUAACUGAUGAUGAAGAGGACAAUUGAGGCAGACAGAACUUUUGCUGAGUGAAAACUCUACACUUAUUUUGGGACAUUUGGCAUCUGCUUCUAGAUGCCAGCUUGUGCAGUUUAUUUUUUUUCUUCUUGGUGGACUCAUGCUUGCUGCCCGUUCAGGAACAACUCUUCUGUACAUACUCUGGUCAUCCAUCUUCUUAGUUUAAGCUGCCUACUUGACAUCAGCCAUCAUGCUUGUAUAUGUAUAUACCACACACUGAUUUGUAAUACAAACAACUGACACAUAAUGUAUGGGCAGAUGUGUACAAAGACACACUCUACAUAAGGGCAUGUGCAUUUGGACACAAAGAGUCAACCACAAUCCGUACUAUGUUGAUGGCAUCAUGCACACAUAGAUAUAUAGGGCAUAUGCACAGCAUGCCCGCCAUGCAUAUGGGUCAGUUUAACUGCAGAAGGCUGAAUGGCUGCCACACACUCACAGAUAUUAGGUUAAUGUUUACAACCAUGCUGGUGUUAUGCUCUUUUUCUUUUUUUAUGUCUUGGUGCCAAUACUGUUCUUUUUUUCCAGGCCCUUUAUUUUCAGUAACAGACGCAUGUCAGGAACAUGCUUCCUAUGCACUUUGCUUUUCGUUUUUUCUUGUAUGCCAUUUUUUUUUUUAAUUGAGAAGUGUCUGCACACGUUCUGCAGGCCUAAUGAACUACUUUGGCUGCUGCCAAGCGUUGCAAGACUGUGAAGAGGCAUGCACCAACUGUCACUAUUUGUACACAUUCCAUUGGGAAGAAGCUGUAUGCCUCCAGCUCAGCCGUCUUCAGCUGUGAUGCCUGUUAGUGUUUAAGCUAACCUAGAAGUGAGUCUAAUCAUUGUGACCAUCGCUCCUGUAGGAGGUGCUCUUUUAGAGGUGGAGGUAUCCUUCAACAGAAAAAGCCGAGAAUGUCAAGUUCAUUGGAGUAAAGAAGUCAAUGCCUAUGCCAGGCUCAUAUGAUCUUCCCACUUAAUUUUCCUCUGUUCAGGGCAUAGAAGAGGAGUAUUGGUAUGUACUUUUAAACAUUCCAACUUAUUGUCAGUAUUAUGUGCUGACACAUGUGCUAAUGGCAAGAGGAGUAAGGAGGCAUUCCGAAGAUCUCAGUAUUGCUAUCUGAUCUUUAUCUAUGUAAUCAUUUUUGCUAUACAGUAUUAAUCAGCAGCCUGCUAAAUAAACUCCCUGUUUGUA